CGAGUUGGGUUUUUUAGCAGAAAAUGUCAAGCAAGAAGAAGCCAUCAGGAGCAUUUCAUCGUAAAAGGAGGUUGCAGCAUUGCAAAGAAGAUGAGAAUCAAGCUAAAGCAUUGCAAAGGUUUUUAACGACUUCACCAUCAUGUGAGACAGAAAACCCAGAGACAACAAAAUUGACUGAAUCAGAUCAUGAUGAUGACGGCAAGAUACCAAUAUCUGAGCCUCUACCUGGACCAUCAACAAGUCAAGACUUCACUGCGACUUCAGCAACACCAUUAGCACCUUUAAAUAUUGGUCGUGACAUAACUAGGACCGACACGGAAGAUGUGGAUGAUGAUUUAUUAGGAGAUGCAGUCCUGCCAUCUACAAGUCGGCAAACCAUUGAAUCUGAACAAAGCAGAGACCCAUUAUUAUUGCUUUCAAAUGACUGUGGAGAGUGGCCACUCAAAAUAAAUGACGAGGCACGGAAAUUACUUGUUGAACGAGGACCUCAGCAAGUCAGAGGCAUAAAUUUCCCAAAGGACAUUAAUGGAAGGAAAUUUUCCUCAUAUCAUUAUACAAGGAAGCUGUGCAAUGGAGAGCAAGUCAACAGAUAUUGGCUACUGUAUUCUGUAUCAAAAAAUGCAGUGUUUUGUUUUUCUUGCAAAAUUUUUGGAAAUGCCAAAUCUGUUUUUGCUAGUAGCCAAGGGUAUUCUGACUGGAGUAACUUGAGCAAGCUUUUGACCAGUCAUGAGAAAUCCCGUACUCAUAUUAAAAACCGUGCAUCUUGGCAUGAACUCUCUCAACAUUUACAUUUAAAGAAAACUAUUGAUGCAGAGCAUGAAAGACUUAUUUAUGGUGAAAGUAAACACUGGCAGCAAGUUCUGAAACGCUUGCUAUGUAUUGUACGGUUUUUGGGGGUUCAAGGAUUGGCAUUUAGAGGGACAAAAGAUGUUCUAUUUGAACCAGAUAAUGGCAACUUUUUAAAAUUGGUAGAACAUAUAGCACAGUUUGAUGAUCCGAUGGCCGAACAUGUGAGAAGAGUCAGUUCCAAAGAAACACACGUUCACUAUUUGAGCAAAAAUGUCCAGAACGAGUUUAUUGGUUUCUUGGCAGGCAAGAUCCAGAAUAAUAUUUUACAACAACUACACGAGGCAACGUAUUAUUCUAUUAUAUUAGACUGCACUACUGAUAUUAGCAACACCGAACAAAUGACAUUGGUGGUAAGAUUCGUUAAAUGUGAAGCAAAUGAAGAUGCCUCAAUUAAGGAACAUUUUUAG